AUGUUCGCUGAUAUUGUUUAUGAAAGCGGCGAUGAAUAUAUCCAAAAUUCUGACGAUAUAAAAGCAGCAUGUUUAGUAAUUAUCCCAUGUCUCAUUGGUUUCAUUAUGGCGAUAAUCGCUCUUCGUGGAUGUUAUGUUAUUCCAUCGAUGAAUUCGUCAUUUGGAUAUUUGAUGAGAUAUCAAUUGAUUUCUCUUCUAAUUGCACCGCUGAAUAGUGCUGUUUUCUACCUAUUCGGUGUAGUUUUGUGAGUUUUAUAGGUCCUCUAAGUCCAACAACUUCUUAUUUAAAGUGACAUCAAAUACAUAAUUUAUAAAUCACGAUCUUUUGGGUUGAUUUCAACAACUCUAAUUCCUAUGAUUUUGUCUCAAUAUCUAAUGAUUUCUAUCAAUCGAUUAUUUGCACUUGUCACUCCAGUUCAUUACUCAAAAAUUUAUGAUCCGAAAUUGCGAAGAAUCUAUGUUUUUGCUUGUUGGAUAAUUCCUAUUGUUUAUACAGUUUCAUUCACGUCUUACUGUAGGAGUUUCAAAAUUUUUUUGAAUUUAUUGUGUAUUUUUAGAUGAUUGUGGUUAUAAGUUCUACCAUUAUGGUUGGGUAUUCUCGUUUGUGAUUUCUGACACUUGCGGCACAAAAUUCGAAGUUUUACUGCGUGGAGUCCAAGGAAUUCUAGCCAACACAAUAUUUAUCAUUGACAUUAUCACAAUGUUUUUAUUAGUCUGUUUUGGGGUAAGCUAAAAAUUUAUGUAAUUCACUUUUUCGAAUGAGUGCCUUCAGAAUCGUGUUUUCAAAAAUAAAAGUGCACAAGUUCGAAAGCGUGAAAUCAAUUUCGGUCAACAAGUCAUCAUUCAAGGUUUUGUUUUCAUGAUUCAUGGUCUCUGGUACAGUUUAGCCUAUAAAUUGUUUCCUCAAAGUAUCCCAGAAAAUUGGCGGAUAUUUUGGACGACCUCAUUUUCAGCCAGCUUACUUCAUGUUUUUGGAACGUGAGUUAUUCCUGAUUUUGAUUUUCAGAAGAAAAAGAUUUUGCAGCGCUGUAAUUUUCAUUUUCAAUAAUGAAUUUUCAAAAUGGCUGCGAGGUGACAAGACGAGUUGGAUCAUUUCUACAAGCACUGUUACAGCUAUAAAAAAGUAA